UACCUACAGAUGAAGAGGAUGAAAUGGAAGAAGCAGCUAACAGACCACGGAAGAAACAGAAAACUGAACAGUUGGGACUAACAAGGACUCCCCUGGCAACCCUCUCUGGCCACACAGAAGCCGUCUCCUCUGUGCUGUGGUUAGAUGCUGAAGAAAUCUGCAGUGCGUCAUGGGACCACACCAUUAAGCUCUGGGACGCGGAGACUGGAGAUCUCAAAUCAACUUUGACAGGAAACAAAGUGUUUAAUUCUGUCACCUACUCACCACUGUGUCGACGCCUCGCAUCCGGGAGCACUGACAGACAUAUUAGACUAUGGGAUCCUCGCAGCAAAGAUGGCUCCUUGGUUCUCCUGUCUCUGACAUCUCACACAGGCUGGGUGACAUCUGUGAAGUGGUCACCUACCCAUGAGCAUCAGCUGAUCUCCGGUUCUCUGGACAAUAUUGUGAAGCUGUGGGACACAAGAAGUUGCAAAGCUCCCCUGUAUGACUUGGCUGCUCAUGAAGACAAGGUUUUGUGUGUGGACUGGACAGAAGCUGGGUUGCUAUUGAGUGGAGGUGCAGACAACAAACUGUAUUGCUACAGAUACCCAGCUACAGCCUCUGAUAUUGGAGCAUGAAGGUCAACAAACUUUUUUCUUUUUUAAGAUUUUUGCAGCAGUUGCUCUCUGUUAGCUCCCUACACAACCGACAUUUGAAGAAAAGGAAUUCUUUGUUGCUCAGAGAGCUACUAUUUCUGAUUUUUUGUAUUAGUAACCUAUAUCCAUCUUUGUCACAGAAAAAUGGCAACAACCAGUUACAAAUGUAAUUAGUGUGAAACAAAGCAAAGGGCGUUUCUUCCCUGUUUGAUGGCUUUGAAUUAACAUCAUUUAAAUGGCUAUUUGUUUAGCCCUUUUAAUAUGGAGUAAGCUGUUCCUGAUACUUAGAGAAAAAUUACUCGCUGGACUAAGUUAUUUUUGAGUUUACCUGUUUCCCCUUGACCAAAAAAAAAAUAAAGCUUUUAUCUACAA